AUGGCACACAUAGCGCCUAAUCGCACAGGAGCUAGUCGUUGUCGCCGAAUUGCUGCCAAUUCCCAGACACGAGCAAGUGCAACCCCUCAACCCAGGCCUCUGGCACCUACUCCCACUCCCAGCGUGUCUCGAAUUACGAACCCAGUCACCGAUCCAAACAUUGAUCCACGUCUUCAAGGUGUGAUCAUGACAGAAGGCUUAGUGGCUGAUGACGACGAGCAUGAUAUGCAAGACGUGCAAGUCGAUCCAGCUUUCGAGGCAGAUUUGCAGUCUGGAAAUGGAGAUUUCAACUGGGCAGCUGCUGUUUCUGCGCUGUUGCUCUUGGGCGCGACUGGUCAAGCUACGGUGCCAUCUCGACAUGAGAUGGCCACUCCCCAAUUCAACGUCUUUCAGGCCCUUCAACAACAUGUCCACAUCUUCUUCCACUUUGUCACCUGCCUCGACGUCGACACUCUGGUCUCUCUAUACGCCAUCUCCAAGGAUCUACACAACAUGGUCAACACAACAAACACGGCGGUAAUUCUCGCUCAAGCUAUGCACUACGCCCCCAAAGCAGCGUCCAUCUUUCCGUUCAGAUGCUACCGCAAGCUGUGCAAUGAUGAUCCACGUGUCAAUUUGGACGUGACUCGGGGCCAGUCUCGUCUAAUUCCUUCCUUUCGCUGGCUGCGCAUGGUCCACUGGCGUGACCAGAUAGCACACAAGAUCGUCUCACUCCUAAAUGAGGAAGGUCUCUAUCUUCCAGUCCAGGGAGAAACAGCAAUCAAGAAGAUCUGGUUCCUGAUGGAUAUUCCAGAUAACCAGCGACGCCUUGCUACAAUCCAGAAUCCUGAGCUAUGGUCCACGGCCGAUCUCUUCUACUCAUGCAUGUUCUUCAUGAGAAUCGACAUGCGCUGCACUGACCCCCUCGCUACACGCGCACACGGCAACAUUCGUCGCAUGCUCAUGGCCCAACCUUCUAUGACGAUGCUCUGCCGCGUCCUCGAGCGCAAAUUUCUCCUCAACAAGCAUGAAGCGAUGCAGACAUACGUGCGCUGGAAAUUCACGGCUCGUGAUGGCCAGCAACCUCGUGUUUUUGACGUUCCACAAGAAGAAUUGGGUCUGCUGCAGUACGAGGGGUAUGGUAAGGAAGGUAGCCGGGCCAAGCUUCAGCGUCCUGAUGAAUUGGUUGUCAAGGAAUGCGUGCGCAGGGGCAUGAAUAUGGAGACUGCAUUCUUUUGUAUGUUAAAUUGCACUGGGCCACGACUACAGAAUCUCGCUGCUACUGCCGCUGAGGAUGAUGAUGAUGUUACUAUGAUAUUGGAUGAGGCGGACAAGUGA